AUGCUAACUGCGAACUCGAAAUCACAGGGAAAGCGCAAGAAGUCUAGCAGAACGCCCCAAGGGCCGCGAAAGCGCGAACCACUUGCCACCACAUUUCCCUGCCUCUUCUGCAAUCACGAGAGUUCCGUCAUUGUCAAGCUAGACAAGAAGCUUGGCUUGGGCGAUCUCUCAUGCAAGAUGUGCGGACAGAAAUUCCAAACCGGCAUCAAUUACCUGUCAGCCGCUGUGGACGUCUAUUCGGAUUGGGUGGAUGCCUGUGAUGCCGUCGCGAAGGACACUGCCAACCAAUAUGACGGCCCAGUCGGGUCAAGAGGGACAGGCAAAGACAGCUUGGCAAGCGCCGGGCACGGCGAAUCAUACGAGGACGAAGAUGACUACUGA